AUGCAACAGUCGAAUUCACUUUUAGCUGUUCCGGCUGCUGACGCUCCAAUCUAUGUCUAUGUGCACAGUGAAACUACGCGCAACCGGGUUCUUCGACUUCUUCCCCUCAGGAACGAUGAGCCUUUCCACGGCCUCUCCAGUCGAUUCUUGUUCAUAGGAUAUGCCGCCCAUGACUAUCAGCUCUCACCGAUCUAUUGGCCUGAGGAAUAUCGAGAAUUCGUCGAGCCAGCACACAAUAUCAUUCGUCAAAUUGGAUUCCUAGCAUCUGAUCACAACUUCGCAAGGUUUUCGAUAUACGAAAUCGAGGCCGGUAGCUCUGGAUUUCUUGAAGAUAUUCGCCCACCGUUUUGCGGGCCUAGCCCACAAGGUCUUCUAUAUCCCAUCUGGGUGCUCGAACGACUAAACGGAAUUCCGUUCAACCCCGCACAAUUCCCAAACGGUUUCCUACCUCCCGCUCCUGUUCCCGUUGCCUUUCCCGCGCAGGCAUCUUGGAACGCCUUUGAUCCAUUCGUUCAGCAACCGUUCUCGUUCUCUAACACGUUGCUUCCUCUGUCCAUGGAUUUUGACAAUGAUCGUACUGUCGAUCUCACUGUCGCAUCUACGGCAGAUGACAUGUUUGAACCUCCUGUAGAUGACAAUAGCUCUUUCAGUAACACAGUUGCUGAUGGUGCAGAUAUUCCUCACGAGGAACUUCAUUGGAGGCUGACGUUCAGGGACGAUUCCCUCGACUGCAGCCAGAAAAGGUCACUAAAACUCACGUUGCUGACAUCGCCUUGGGGGCGCCCAAUCAAGUUGGCAAAAUAUCUUUACGUGGGCCAAAUUCUGGUUGGCAUGCCCGCCAAUCCAUUCUCUAUGCGUGAGGUGGACUGCAGGCGGCUGAUAACCGCCAGCUUCCUGAAAGCACUCCAUGUCCACCUCACAACAUACGAAAAACUGCGUGAAAUACCUUUAACGGUAGCGAACAUUAUCGGCAGCGAAACUCGCGUGUAUUGGUCCCAAUUGAGAAACAGGUUCCUAGAUUACCCCAUAGAUUUCACUUCCGAGCUGAGGAAAAUUGUAAGGGGUGGGACGACUCCAGAUGCUGGAUUUGGGAAAAACACAGAGGAGGAGGCCGAGAUAAAACUUCACAUCAUCGAUUUGAUGAACUCUGAUAAUGAAAGCAUGAUUCAAGAAGCCAUCUGCAAGCUCAUUGUCACUCAAGGGUUCCGGGAACUCCUCUGGGUCGCCUUAUACCGACCCAUCGCUGACUUACCUGAAGGCCAAGCGCGAUUGGCAGAUUUCUACCCUGAAGCCAUCCAAACCUUAACGGGUUAUCUAGGAAAGGGCAUCGUGGGCGUGCUUGUUACUCUUAUGUAUCAGUCAUUCAUUCCACCUCAUGCGGAAAAGGUACAUUUAAAAACGCUGGAGGUAUAUCCUCAUAUCACCGCCGCCCUGGAUAUGAUGUAUGCGAAUCCACAUCAUUUCAUCUCCUUCUUCGAUGCGGCCCGGAGGCUUCCUCACAUACGGGAGGAAAAUGUCUUAUAUAUUGACCCCAAGUCCCGUCAGCCCAGAAUUAUUGUAGACCCUGUCACGAAUGAGAAACGGAUGAAGGUCAUGGACGAUAUCGAAGAUAUCAUUGUUGAACCGCCUCAUGACGAAUUAGCAGUCCCUUACGCGCAAUACAGGCUCCCACAUUCGUUCAAGUCUGAGAACAUGACAACGUCAGUGCCCCUACAAUCUGCCACGCUGUCUGAUCGUGGUAUUGGUAUCUGGCCGACUCAAUUGCCCCGAUACGCCGAAGUAGUAUUGCUUACGGAUGAUGCGUAUGAAGAUAACCUGGUCCGUGGGAAAGAAAUAAGUGAUCCUCCGCCUCUGGUGUACGGAGACUGGCAAGAGUUGGUCCACCCAAUAGGUGGUACGUAUUUCUACAAUCUCAGGAAGAACGCGUUUACGUUGACGAACCUGAGGAACUUUCAGAAUCUACAGACACUGGAUGAGUUUGUUAAUGCAUCACGAGCCGCGGCGAAAGAAGAUUCGUGGAUAUUGGUUGUUGAGCCGAUCAUCUUUAUGGGAGAAGAAAGGUUCCAGUAUUAUUAUGUAGUCCCCGGCAGCCGUAUAAUUGCAUGGCUGGAGGACCUCGAUGGCUACAUUCUCUUCCAACCUUGUGUCAAGUCAAGCACGUGGAAGCACAAGAGACUCGAAUUGGAAGCUCAAUAUUGGAAACACUUCGAAUACUUUCCGCACCAGUUUAGGUUGUCUCGAUUGGAAGUGAGACGCAUACGGGGAGAAAUGGUUUGCUACCUUGGAGAAGCGACGACCUUGAAACAAUCUACUGCGGCAUCUAUUUUCUGGACUUUAGAGGAAAUGGAUCAAAUCAUCGGUCAACUGGCCUAUGUUGAAGAAAUUGCGGAAAAUGAUUUGGUACCGGAAACCGGAAUUGUAUUAUGUUGCAGAAUUAUGUACAUGCUACGUCAUCACCAGUAUUUGCACCGCUACAACCAACCUGAGGCUCGCCUAAUUCGAACACAUGCAGUGAGAGAGAGGCACACAAAGUUCAAACUUUUGCAUUUUGUGGGCAACACUGCAGCCACGAUGCUAUGUAUGCCGAUCACUUUUUCUCGCGUCAGGAGCACCUCCGUCGAUGGUAUCGUAAAUGGGGUGGAAGUUCAGUCGUUUAUCGACGAUUUCGGCAGUCAGACAAGAAAUCAGAUUACCUUGGCAGGUAUCUCCAUGGCUUUGGAUGUCGCUAUUCUUGCCGUUCCAGGGUUAGGCGCAACAACAACUGCACAAACAUUGUGCUCUUGCUCCUUCCUUCUUGGUGUUGGGUGUAUUUUUGCGGGCACGAUAGUCCACCACUUUGGCGAGAGACUGAAGUCUUUGGACUUUGCGGCCUAUUAUCUGCGAAGGAAGGCGGUGAUGCUUCUGGUAAUAACAAGCAUACCGACCUGCUUUUGCGUAUUGAGUGUAACAAGUUCCAUCCUCGGAUUUCUCACAGGCAUCACCAUAGACUUCAGGCCAUCCGCGCCCUCAGUCAUUGCGUGCUUUGCUACACUCGCCGUUGUGAACAUUCUCGACGUCUUGACGGAAACUUCUACGUCUGACUGCAAUUGUCAGGGCAAUUUUUCAUUGUAUGGUAUUGCAAUUGCAGCUAGAUUACCACGCUAA